CUCAGAAGGCUCGGGCGGAGGCGGCCGAGCUCCGGACACGGUCGGCGUGAGGACCAGGCGGACGCGGGGCGAUGCUGCGGGUGCGGUGUCUGCGCGGCGGGAGCCGCGGGGCCGAAGCGCUGCACUACAUCGGGUCUCGGCUUGGAAGAACUGUAACAGGAUGGGUGCAGCGAACUUUCCAGAGCACCCAGGCAGCUACGGCUUCCUCCCGGAAUUCCUGUGCAGCUGAUGACAAGGCCACUGAUCCUCUGCCCAAGGACUGCCCUGUCUCCUCUUUCAACGAAUGGGACCCCUUAGAGGAAGUGAUCGUGGGCAGAGCAGAAAAUGCCUGUGUUCCACCGUUCACCGUGGAGGUGAAGGCCAACACAUAUGAUAAGUUCUGGCCUUUUUACCAAAAGUAUGGGGGCAAUUAUUUUCCCAAAGAUCACUUGAAAAAGGCUGUUGCUGAAAUUGAAGAAAUGUGCAAUAUUUUAAAAAUGGAAGGAGUGACAGUGAGGAGGCCUGACCCCAUUGACUGGUCACUGAAGUAUAAAACUCCUGAUUUUGAGUCUACGGGUUUAUAUGGUGCGAUGCCUCGAGACAUCCUGAUAGUUGUGGGAAAUGAGAUUAUCGAGGCCCCCAUGGCCUGGCGCUCUCGCUUCUUUGAGUACCGUGCAUACAGAGCAAUUAUCAAAGACUACUUCCGCCGUGGGGCCAAGUGGACAACAGCUCCUAAGCCCACAAUGGCUGAUGAGCUUUAUGACCAAGAUUACCCCAUCCAUUCUGUAGAAGACAGACACAAAUUGGCUGCUCAGGGAAAGUUUGUGACAACUGAGUUUGAGCCAUGCUUUGAUGCUGCUGAUUUCAUUCGAGCUGGAAGAGAUAUCUUCGUACAAAGAAGCCAGGUUACAAACUACAUGGGCAUUGAAUGGAUGCGUAAGCAUCUCGCUCCAGACUACAGAGUGCACAUUAUUUCCUUUAAAGACCCCAAUCCCAUGCACAUUGACGCCACCUUCAAUAUCAUUGGGCCUGGUCUUGUGCUUUCCAACCCUGACCGACCAUGUCACCAGAUUGAUCUUUUCAAGAAAGCAGGAUGGACCAUAGUUACUCCUCCAAGACCAGUCAUCCCAGAUGAUCACCCUCUCUGGAUGUCCUCCAAAUGGCUUUCCAUGAAUGUCUUAAUGCUAGAUGAAAAGCGUGUUAUGGUGGAUGCCAACGAGGUCCCAAUUCAGAAGAUGUUUGAAAAGCUGGGUAUCAGUACCAUUAAGGUUAACAUUCGUAAUGCCAAUUCCCUGGGAGGAGGCUUCCACUGCUGGACCUGCGAUGUUCGUCGCCGGGGCACCCUACAGUCCUACUUUGACUGACCAGGCCUGCUGGGGCUUGGGGCUUUGCCUCAGAUAAACCUAGGAAGCUUAGGGACAAGGUUCAUUCUCCUGCUUUAAAAAGUGCAUCAACUGUAGUGCUUUAAACAAUCAUAUUUUUAACAGGGGUCUUAAGCCUGGGUUCGUUUUAUUACUUUUCUCUGAUAAAAGGAAAAUAACUUGUGUUAGGUCUUACUCUCUACUCCUAAAUUUUUUACUGUUUGGCUUCAAGCAUAAAAAUUUGGUGAAUGUCUACCAAAACAAAAAUUAGUCAUUUGAGUAACGUGGCCACUAAUACAUUUAACCGUCUACCUCUGUUUUUAAUUUUCUUUCCAUAAGGCAGCUUGAAAUGUU